AUGUGGGAUAAGAUUGAAAAAACCAAUGAUGAUAUUGAGGAAAGUGAGGUGGAAACGGCAAAAGGUACAAGAGAAUAUUUGAAAAAAGAUUACGAAACGGCUUUCGCGAUGUUAGACAAGGUCGCUCUAAGAAUACAAAGGAAAUUGGAAAAGUAUGAACCGAUAGCAGCACCGUUACAACCGAAUCCAACAGGCAACGCUAAACCGAAUAUCAAACUCAAGGCGAUGGACAUUCCGAUUUUCUCAGGCGAUUACGACAAGUGGAUUUCCUUCCGAAAUAUGUUCGACUCUUUGGUGCACGACAAAACGUACACCGACUUGGAGAAAAUUCACUAUUUAAAGUCGUGUUUGGAAGGCGAUGCGGAACGGGUCAUUUCUCAGUACGAUAUCAAGGCCGAAUCAUACAUACCGGCUUACGACGCAUUGGUAGAUCGUUUCCACAAUGAAGCAAUACUCAUCGAUACACACAUAAUCAAAACCUUGUCGCAACCAAAGCUACACAGAGAAUCUGGUGAUGGUUUGAAAGAAAUGAUGGAUGUUACGUCGGUCAAUAUUCAAGCACUGAAAAGCUUGAAUAUUCAAAUCGACACUUGGGAUCCAAUUUUGUUACUUUUGUUGGUGCAGAAAUUGGACGACGCUACUAGACGGCUGCCAACAGAAAUUCAAAUUCGCAAUCGAGACAACGACGAGUAG